UGCGAUACUGACGCCAAGGUCGGUCAAGAUGGCUUGCGUUUCUUUGCAAUUUCUUUGCAAUUUCUUUGCUAUUUCUUUGCGAAUGGUCGCGGAUCUUUAUAUGCUGGUAGUAUGUUAUAUUUUAAUCUGUCCCCGCCCCCUGAGUCUAGGUCCGUUUUGGCUGGCAGGUGAAUUGUUGAAUGUCCGUUCGCAGCCCUCAGUCCUUAUCAAGUCCGCCCGCCCACCAUAACUCGGUCCCUCCUCCUCCAACCGUGGAACCUCGUUUUCCUACAACAAUAGCUUUUUCUUCUCCUAAUGUCCACAAUCCUUUUGUAAACUGUGGAGACAAGGAUAUCAUACUACGAUCUUCCCCAUGCCGUUGACCAUCCUCUCGCAGGCACAGCUCCGCUCGCUGUUGCUAUCGCUGACCCGCGAUGAGAUUAUAUCGCUACAACAAAACCUAGCCCAGGCCUUACGAGAAUACUCGACGGGAAACCAGGAACAGGGCUGCUCCGCUACCUAUCAACCCCGAAGAACUGCAAUCACCCGCAAGAAUGGCUCCACGACGCUAUUCAUGCCCGCCAGUACCGGCCGCACCAUCGGCAUGAAAAUGAUCUCGCUCCAGGAUGGGGGCACUGCGGGGUGUGCCGUAGAAACCGGUUUGGAUAUACCCGAGGGCGAAAAGACGGCGUCACGGAGUCGGCACGGGUCGAGGGAUUCCAUGAGCUCGCUGUCAUCCGACAUGAGUGACUUGACUGUCUCGUCGCAGGAAGACGAAAGCUCCUCGAUCAGCUCCAGUAGCAAGUCGCUGCCGUCGGGGUGUGUGAACAAACAACCGGUCAAUACUGGACUGUCCAACACAAUGGGCGCAUGGCCCUCAGCUGGUUCCCGAGACACCUCCCCACAGGGCAGCGUGACUCUGCUUGACGAGCAAAGCAUGCCAUUUGGCUUGAUCAAUGCGCACGAGCUCACUCCAUUCCGCACGGCGCUAGCGUCUACAAUGAUUUUCAACAAGCGCAAGCGAGUGCGCACAGUGGUAGUCUUCGGAGCAGGCAAGCAGGCGUACUGGCACAUACGACUGGCACUGACAUUGCGGGGAUCGGAAAUCAAACGGGUCUUCAUCAUCAAUAGAUCUUUCGACCGGGCAGCAGAACUUCUGCGAGACAUCUAUUCACCAGAGAACUCUAGUUGGCGGGGUGACGUAAAGUUCUCAGCUGUUAGCAGCGACUUCGUCGAGUACUCGCGCAUCUUGCAGGAUGCCCUGAACAAAGCUGAUGCGAUCUUCUGCUGCACUCCAUCCAUUCAGCCACUCUUCCCUGGGGAGAUACUCACAUCACACGAAGCCCGCCGGAAAGGCCGACUGAUCAGCGCCAUUGGUUCGUACAAGCCACACAUGAGCGAGUUGCCUCCAGAGAUCAUCCGCGACGAGGUCAAGGCACACGGGUCGCAUCGGCAUUUCCACAAACACGUCAAGCGUAGCGGAGUUGUGGUUGUGGACAGCCUUGAGGCGGCUUUGAAGGAAGCUGGAGAGCUGAUCCAAGCGGAGAUCAAGCCGAAUCAAGUUGUGGAGCUGGGCGAGCUGUUGAUGGUGCGCAGUGCUGCCCAAGACCAGGACGAAGAGACGGACGAUGGCAAAAGCUUACGCGAGUGGGCUGAGCGAGGCAAUGUGAUUUUCAAGGGUGUGGGGAUGGGAUUGAUGGACUUGGUCACUGGCGGAGAUCUCGUUCAGCUGGCGCGGCAGCGGAAUAUUGGCACCCUGGUGGAAGACUUCUAAUUUGCUUUCUUUUCUUUUUUUCCUCCCCCU